CCUAAACCCCCUAUAACUGUUAGUUGAUUAAUUGAAUCAUUUUUAUGCCCUUUUUUCCUAUUAUUUUAACUAUUUGAUACCGUAAAGUGUGAAAAAUUUUAUGUUAAUUUUGUUCAAGAGUAUCGAAAUAGAAAAGUGAAUAAGAAGCAAAUAUAUUUUCCUACCAAAUUUCCCUUCUUUUUUUAUGAGUUUUUUUAGGCGAAAUGAGGAACAAAGUUAUGGGUUUAGGUAUCAAAUUGUCAUAUUAAGGUCAAUUUGAAAACUUUUUGGGUAUCACAUUGUCAAAAUAGAAUAGAAAUUUUCAAAUGUGGAAGUUGAUGAGGGUGAAACUUUUAGGGUAUCAAAGUGCAAAUAGCCUCUUACUUAAUGAUGUAUUUUAGUUUUUUUUGUUAGGACUUAGUCUUAUUUCGUCAUUCAGAUUUUGUAUGUAAUUUGUGAUAAAGUUUGAAAAAUCCCCCCACACGAAUUACUAGAAUUGAAAAAUCUUUCAAAUUUUUAUUACUUAUCAAAAGCCUCCUUUUACUAACAUUGUUGACAAAAUUCUGUAAAAUAAUCCAUAUACCUGAUACCAACUUUUCUGAACUAUUAGUCCAAAAUUUUCUUUUAUAUAAGUUAUAUAAUUAUCUCUGUACAACGUGUAGAAUUUUGUAGUGUGAAUUCUAAUAACUGUGUGAUUGAAAUCGGAGGCUUGAAUUUUUAAAAUAGUUGAUUAAAUAAUUUUGAAGUGUAUUCUUUUUUGUUGCUCCUUAUUAAAGAUCUUGAAAAUUGAAUUUCAAGGUAGGAAGAUAAGACAUAAUCAAGAGGAGGAGAAAAAAGAAGAAUAUUGAGAUAGGAUUAAAAUUCUAAAUUUAUGUUGAAAUUGAAUGACAUUUUAAACAUAACUGUAAAUGGUAAAAAAAAUUGUGAAAGAUAAGGUUAUUUUCAUCAAAAAAAAGUAAUAAGAUACAUUAUUAAAGGGAUGAGGGAGUCACUAUGAUUCAACCAUAUAAAUCUGGGGGGCUUGUUCAUCAAUUAAUAAAUACGAGUUUUUCUUUUUAGUUCUAUUGUUUACUUUAUGCUAGUUUUAAGGUAAAUUAUUGCUCUUGAUUAUGUUCUAAUGAAAAUAGGAGAUCAAUAUUAAGGAACCUCAGGUGACAGUCGCUUGAUGUUUUUUAAACGGAAGUUUGAACAGUUUUGGUAAAUUUGAACAUGAUGAUAUUAAAAAAAAAAUGGUUGAAGACCUAAGGUACUAAUGUUGGAUCAAAAUUCUGUCCAUUUUGGUGGUAAGGUCCAGUUACCCUGAUACGUUAAUGUGCGAGUAACUCAGAAAAAUGUAUGACUAGGUAACCAUUCCAUGAUAUUGCCAAAUAUGUUCAUGAACCAAGUUUUGAACUUAUGCCUAUCUAUUAGCUAACUCAUGGAUAUACCUCUCUCUUAUUUGCUCCCUCUCAAUUUUGCUAUCAAGAUGAAGCUUCUCCAUCUUCUUCUUCUUCUUCCUCCUCUCGUAAUCUUGGUAUCAUCGUCACCUUGCUAUUUCUCAUCUGUUUUCAAUUUCGGGGAUUCAAACUCAGACACUGGCGAGUACUCAGCUGCAUUUGAUCCCGUUCCUCCGCCUUAUGGCGAGACAUUCUUUGGCAUGCCUGCAGGAAGAUAUUCAGAUGGUCGGCUCAUUAUCGAUUUCAUCGUGAAGAGCUUGGGAUUGCCUUAUCUCAGCUCAUAUCUUGACUCAUUAGGCACCAAUUUUAGCCAUGGAGCUAACUUUGCGACUGCAUCAUCAACCAUUAUCGACGAGAAUGUGCCAUUGUCGCAGGGUGGAUGCCCCUUGUCCUCCGGUGUGCAACUCAAAGAGUUCCUGCAGUUCAAGUCGAGGUCGCAGUUAGUCUACAGUCGAGCUUUUGCAACAAUAAUAGUGGGCGUUUUCAAAGAAUUGAUGCCCAAGGAAGAAUACUUUUCUCAAGCUCUAUAUACGAUAGACAUCGGACAGAAUGAUCUGAAUGCUUGCUGUUUGCAGAACAAGUGUGGAGAGGACCUCAUACCAAAUGCAAAGAUGGUGUUUUCAAGAGCAGUCAAGAAUAUAUAUGAAAAGGGUGGAAGAAAUUUCUGGAUCCAUAACACAGGUCCCCUCGGCUGUCUUCCAUUAUUUCUACAUCAGUUGAAGCUCAAUGACGAGGAGUUAGACUCAGCAGGGUGUGGAAUUCGAUGCAACAAACUGGCACAAAGAUUCAACACAAUGCUCAAUGAGACGGUGGUUGAGCUCAGGAGAGAGCUCCCUCUUGCUGCCAUCACUUUUGUUGAUAUCUACUCUGUCAAGUACUUGCUUAUAAGCCAGGCUCAAAAGUAUGGUUUUGAGCAGCGCCUCUCGCAGCUUGUUGCGGAUUACGGUGGUGGAGAUUACAACAGUCAUUUCAAUGUGAUAUGUGGAAGCACGUGCCUAUGUCAACGGUCACAGCGAGUUUUGCUUGGAAAAUCGUGCAAGUAUCCAUCGGAGAGGAUUAGUUGGGAUGGAAUUCAUUACACCGAAGCUGCUAACAAAUGGGUUUUUGAUCAGAUAUCUGGUGGGAAAUUCUCUGAUCCUCCAAACUCUUUGAAUUUAGCAUGCUAUCAGGUGGCUAGUGAUUUGAAUGGUUCAAGAUCUUUUAUGUAAUUAUGUUGAGCAAGAACUUUUAUGCUUGAACUGUAUUCAUAGAUAAUGCGGGCGAAAUGUUAACUGUUCGGAUCAUCCGCGGCAGAUUAUGGGUUGUCGUUGAAUACGAGUUCUCAUUAGAUUGAA